AACCCCCUUUUCAUUAUUCCAGCAAUAAAAUUUCAAUUGCUUUACCCCUUUUAAUUUUCUUAAUUCAAUUAUCAUUUUUAUCCCUUAAAGUUAGUUUUUUUUUUUAUUAUUUGAAUUGUGUUUGUAUAUAUACGCUGCAAGUUCGUCCUCCGGUUAGCUACGCUUUAAUUUAUUGAUUUUUAGUCUUUGGGGUUUGUUUUCUGAGACCAUGUGAAAUUUUUGUUUUGAUUUCUGAAUCUGGUGAAAAAAGAUAGAAAAGUUUCCCCUCUGUUUUGUAUUUACAUGUUCGAAUUCAUUUCAUGAGAUAUCGAGUAUCAUCAACAGCUGAACAGCAUCAAGAAUCAUGUCUCAGUACCACGGGGAUGAAAUGGAGUAUGUUGCAGACGAUAGUGAAAUGGCAGAGGUAGAAGAUGAUAUGUAUUUCCGUGGCAGAGGAUUUGGUGAAUCGGAUUCUGAUAAUGACGAAGAUGACGAAUAUGAUCUUUUGGAAAACAGAAUAACGGAUACCACUGCUGCUGAAGCGAGAAGGGGGAAGGAUAUCCAAGGUAUACCUUGGGAUAGACUGAGCAUUAGUCGUGAGAAAUAUAGACAAACUAGACUAGAGCAGUACAAGAAUUAUGAAAAUAUACCACAGUCAGGGGAAAUGUCUGAGAAGGAAUGCAAACCAACAGAUAAAGGGGGGAUGUAUUAUGAUUUCUGGCAAAAUACUAGAUCUGUGAAGUCAACGAUACUUCAUUUCCAAUUGAGGAACUUGGUUUGGUCGACAUCAAAGCAUGAUGUAUAUCUUGUUUCACAUUACUCAAUUGUUCACUGGUCUUCAUUAAAUUCUAAGAGAUCUGAAGUCUUGAAUGUGUCAGGGAAUGUAGCACCGGUUGAGAAACAUCCUGGAAGUGUCUUGGAAGGUUUUACUCAGACACAAAUUAGUACACUGGCUGUACGAGAUAACUUGUUGAUUGCUGGAGGCUUUCAAGGAGAACUUAUUUGCAAGUACUUAGAUAGGCCUUGGGUUAGCUUUUGUUGCCGAACUACAUAUGAGGAUAAUGCAAUCACAAAUGCUGUUGAGAUUUAUGAGCAUCCAAGUGGAGGUGUUCAUUUCAUGGCUUCAAACAAUGACUGUGGAGUCAGAGACUUUGAUAUGGAGAGAUUUCAGCUUUCAAAGCAUUUCUGCUUUCCUUGGCCAGUAAAUCAUACUUCAUUGAGUCCUGAUGGGAAACUACUUGUAAUUGUUGGAGACAACCCAAAAGGGAUACUGGUGGAUUCUCAAACGGGAAAGACUAUCACACCUUUAUGUGGACACUUGGAUUACUCAUUUGCAUCUGCAUGGCAUCCUGACGGCUGUAUAUUUGCUACCGGGAACCAAGACAAAACAUGUCGUGUUUGGGAUGUUCGGAACUUAUCAAAGUCUGUUGCUGUUCUUAAGGGAAACCUUGGAGCUAUACGUUCAAUACGUUUCACAUCUGAUGGGCAGUUCAUGGCAAUGGCUGAGCCAGCUGACUUUGUGCAUGUCUUUGAUGCAAAGCAUGGUUUUGAAAAAGAACAGGUGAUCGAUUUUUUUGGGGAGAUCUCUGGUGUAUCUUUUAGCCCUGACACAGAAUCACUUUUUAUUGGUGUUUGGGAUCGCACUUAUGGAAGCCUUCUGCAGCUCAGUCGACGCAGAAACUACAUGUAUCUUGACUACUUGUAAAUUUGUAACCUUAUACCUUGUAAUUACCUACCUACAGCUUAGGUCGUGUUGGUCAAGUGUUUAGGAAUUUGAGUAUUGUCGUACCAUCUUACCAAAAGAAGAAAAAUUGGUGGAUUGUCUCACCACACAAUGUAGAACAUGGCCUGAGGAUGUUACAGUUGUUUGUUGUACACCUUCAUGCUGAAUAACAUUGCCAAUGUCUGUUUUUAGUCUUGUGAUGCUAAUAAUGAAAGCAAUUGAAGGAAGUUUGU